UGAGAACUGUUGUUCAGCCGCUCUGCUCGUUCGCUUUGUGCCACUCAGUAUUCGUUCUUUCAUUUGCUUCUAGGACAAAUUCCGAACGUUCACAUCCGCCGGACCUGGGUAAACCCCGAGCUCCAAUAGUCUAAUGCCUCCUCCUCCUAAUCUCUGCUUUCCCUUCCUCUUCCUCCUGCUCACCGCCACCAUCUCAACCAAGGUCCAAGCUCUAGGCGUGAGCUGGGGCACGACGGCCUCCCACCCGCUGCCGCCGCGCAAGGUAGUGGAGCUCUUGAAGUCCAACAACAUUACCAAAGUCAGGCUGUUCGAUUCCGACCCGCUAGUCCUCGAAGCUCUUUCCGGCUCCAACAUUGGCGUCACCGUCGGCAUUCCCAAUUCCAUGCUCAAGACCCUCAACUCCUCCAAGAAAGCAGCCGAGAGCUGGGUCCACGACAAUGUCACCCGAUUCUUCUCCACCGCCCGCACUGGAGCCCGAAUUGAGAAUGUUGCUGUGGGAGAUGAGCCAUUUCACCAGAUGUAUGGUGAGCAGUUCCAUUCAGUUGUCAUUGGCGCGGUCAUCAAUGUGCAAUCAGCUUUAGCGAAAGCGAGCCUGGGGAGUGAAAUAAAAGUGGUGGUUCCUCUCAGUUCAGAUUCCAUUCAGUCAGAAUCAGGUCUACCAUCCAAGGCACACUUCAGGCCUGACCUCAACAAGACAAUGCUCGAGCUCCUCACAUUCCUCGACAAGCAUCAUUCGCCCUUCUUCGUAACCAUCUCUCCCUUUCUCAGCUUCCUGCAAGAUAAGAACGUCUCCCUCGACUUUGCACUGUUCAAAGAGACUGCACGCCCUCGUAAUGAUACCCACAGCAGAACAUACAGAAACAGCUUCGAUUUGACCCAUGACAAUGCAGUUGCUGCACUAUCUGCUGCUGGGUUUCCCGGUAUGCCCAUUGUUGUCGCGAGAGUGGGCUGGCCCACUGAUGGAGCAGCUAAUGCUUCCUCACAAACUGCGGAGAUAUUCAUGAAAGCGCUGAUGCAACGUCUUCAUGCCAAGUCAGGGACAGCGCUUAGGCCUCAGAAUCCGCCAUCAGAGAUUUUUAUAUUCAGCCUUUUCGAUGAGAACCAGAGGAGCAUAGCAAGUGGGGGAUUUGAGAGGCACUGGGGAGUGUUCACAUUUGAUGGGCAGGCGAAAUAUCGGAUUGACUUUGGGCAAGGGAGUAGCAAGGACCUGGUGAAUGCACAAGAAGUUGAUUAUCUGCCUUCCAAAUGGUGUGUUGUGGAUAAUAAUAAGGACGUCUCUAAUGCAAGUGCCCGUGUUUUGGAUGCAUGCUCUGCUGCGGAUUGCUCAGCACUUUCGCCCGGUGGGUCGUGUUCCAACCUCAGCUGGCCAGGGAAUGCAUCUUAUGCAUUCAACAAUUACUAUCAACAGCAUGAUCAGGCGCGAGAUAGCUGUGAUUUUGGAGGGUUAGGAUUGAUCACGACUGUUGAUCCGUCCAUUGGUAGUUGCCGGUUCUGGAUUGAGCUUGAUACUUCUGAAGCUGGUUCCCAUAGCAGGGUCUGCCUUUUCUGGUUGUUGAUCUUAUUAAUAACCGUGCUUGUAUAGAAGGAAGAAUGAAUGACUCCUUCAAGAAACACUUCCACAGAGAGCUAUUAUUUUGUAUGGGUGCCAAGAGACUGAACUUGUAUUGAAGCUUCUGCCAUGGUUGGUUCGCCUUUCUCAUGCAACAAAAGCCUUCCUUGGUUCCUUGUGGAAAUGAAUCGGUUUGAUGCUCGAAAUCCUGCUCCAAUGGUGUUUGUGCCAUUGCAGGAAGUUAGAGAAAUAUUAGGGCUUAAUUGCAAGUUUGGUCACUGGAAUUGCUUAAAAAUUUCAUAUUUACCACUAUAAUUACUUUAUUCCAUUCGUAGUCACUUAAAUUAGUU